UAUGUCCUAUGAAUAACUACUUGGCGAACCAAUACCAGAAUUAGAAAAAAUUGAUGUUUGGAGUCUUGGUAUUAUCCUUUAUGAAAUUAUUUAUGGAAAGCAUCCAUAUAUAACAUAAUAAGAAGGAGUUUAACUUAAUUAAUUAAUAAUAGCCAAAAGGAUUGAAGAAAAAAAAAUUCAAUUUCCAGAUUCUAAAUAUGAUAAUUAAGUAAUAGACUUAUUAAAAGGUAUGUUAUAAACUGAUUACAAAAAGAGAUUUAGCAUAAAACAAUGCAUUCAACAUUCAUUUUUAAAUUGA